AUGAGCUACAUGCCGUCAGAUGACGAGGUAAAUACGGACGUACAAAGUUUGCAGUUGCAAGCAACUGGCCGAGGUCUUGUUUUGUCUCAUAAUGCUCAUGCUACAUCUCAAGUUUCGGAUAUUGACGUUGAAUGCGGUACAGUAGCAUCAUUAAAAGACCCUGUCCUCCAAAGGGGAGUCGAGGAUAUUGAGUACAUGCUCACGAAGUCCAUUCACUGUGAUUUGUUUCUUGAAGAUGAUUGCCAGUUUUCAACGGGUUCGCACUUAAAACUACUGUCCCAAAUUGAGCCACCUUUUGCGGACGCUGAACGCACUCAUUUUAUUAUUUCACCUGCUGGGAAACCUAUCUUCGAAUCCCAUAGCGAAGAAGAGAGCAGGUAUGUCAUUUCGGGAGCCUUACAAGCUAUUGUAUCUUCGUUCGAUUGCUGGAACGAGGAAUUGCACUCAUUCACCAGCAACGAACAGCGCAUUACCGUGAUGAAACGUGACCCUCUGUUCUUUGUAUGCAUUGAAACGAAAGCACGACUCUCACAGCGAAUGAUUACUCAUGAGUUGUCAUUUCUCUACUCUCAUCUUUCUUCUAUUUUGUUGGCAAAGUCUAUUGAACAUGCAUUUACGCAGAGACCUGGAUAUGAUUUACAGCGAGCAUUGGGCAAUGCGACGGUUUUCCUUUCUGCCGCAGCUGAAGAUGUACAUUGCUUUGAUCCUUCUAGUAUCCUGACUGCGGUUCCCUGCUUGCCCGUACCCCAUUCAUUUCGAGAACGAUUGGCUGCUCUGCUUUUAAAAACGAAAUCCGACGAAUUAUUAUUUGCUAUGAUAGCAAUCAAUGGGAAAAUAAUAUCUGCUAUUCGUCCUAAAUCUUAUGCAUGGCAUCCGGCUGAUGUUUGCCUUCUUCUUUCUGCUGUAUAUCACACUACUGCAUUUAAAGAUUCUGCAGAACACUGGCUACCGAUUUGUUUACCACACUUUUGUAAAACUGGUUACGCAUAUGCAUACGUUCACUACCUUGAUGAUUCAAUUUCACUUGUACUUACAAGCACAGAUCCAACUGCUUUUUUCGAAUUGCAACAAAUGAAAAUGAAAAUGCUGAAGGAGCUAAAUUUGGAAAAGGAAAUAUACCAAAAACUUCAUGAAUAUGAGUCACUUAGCUCUUCACUUACUUGUCACGUCGGAUUUCCGGUAAUUCUACACUUUGCAGUUUAUUCAAAGGAACUAUCUCAGCUUUAUUUCCCGGGAUAUGUUUGUGAACAUGUUACUCAGGAGGCUCGAAGAUUGUACGCAAUAUAUGCUGAGCUUUAUGACCGUUCCAUGGAUCAACAACAGCCUUUUCUUCUACUAAUGGAUGAAACAACCCCAAUCAUCAAAAUUACAUGGUCUACAGCAACAAUGCAGUUUUUUUGCAUUGCUAAUUCUAUCUCAGACCGUGGACUUAUCUUUGCUACGAUGCGACGAAUAUACAAAUGGGUAAAACUGAAAAAGAAAGAUAUUUUCCUUGUCGAAUCCCCCACAUUCUAA